GACCAUAAUAGAAACAAAAUUUGUUGAAGUCUCACUGUAAGGAGAGGAAAAAAAUAAAAAUUAAAAAAUAAAAAGGUUGUCUCACUCCCUUUCCGUGCUAUAUAUUCAGUCGCAACUCAACGUCACAUAUCCGAGUAGCACUAAAAUUACAAAUAGAAUAUCAAAUUUCUUUAUAGGCAAGUAAUGGAUUUGCUUAUUCAAAUAAAAUAAAAAUAAAAAAAGGCAGUGGAUUUGCUAUAGCAAAAACAGAGAAGUCUUUGAAAGGAAGCCAUUAAUGGUCAACCAAACAAAGCCCUUCUUCAUCUACCCGGUUUUACUUUACCCUCCACUUGUCUUCACCACAUUUCUGCGUGUAAAAUCAACAGAACUAAGCCGAAGAGAAAUUUAACAAUGGAGGUAAAACAUUUCAUGCAUAAGCAUCCUUUGGUACCAAGUGAAAACGUUAAUGAAAGAGUUUGGUGCUCGAUUUGUGAACGUUCAAUCAAGGGUCCAAACUAUGCCUGUGUUCCCUGCAAGUUUUAUCUUCACAAAUCAUGUGCUGAGUUUCCUCAACACCUGAACCAUUCCUUUCAUCCUGAACAUCCCCUCACACUCUGUACUGCUGAACCCGGAAGAAGCUUUGGGUGUCAGUUUUGUUCCACAGCUUUCAGUAACAAGCCCUCCUACAGCUGCUCUGAGUGCAAAUUCGUUAUGGACACUGCAUGUGCUUUGUUGGUGCAAAAGAUAAAUCACCCAUUUCAUCCUCUUGUUCUGUUUCCUAACUCUGACUAUUGGUGUGAUUCAUGCCAUAGAAGUUUCACCGAUACUUUCGCCUUUCAUUGCAAGGCAUGCAAUUUCACCAUGGAUUACAAUUGUGCCUUGAUGGAUCCCAUAACAUGUGAAGGACAUGAGCACAUUCAGCAUUUUAGUCAUCAGCAUCCAAUGGAGCUUUUUGGGAAGGAUGAUGAAUGUCGGAUGUUAUGCUACGCAUGCUCGCUAUGGCGCUCUGCUCCGAUUUAUGGUUGCAGAAAAUGUAUGUAUUUCCUUCAUAAAUCAUGUGCUGAGUUGCCAUUAGAGCUAAGACACCCUUUCCACCCAAGCCACACACUCUUACUUCGUGAUCUACAUGGAGAAGUUUGCAAUUCUUGUCUCCAACCAGAUCGUAAUUUCGUUUUUCAUUGUAAAAGUUGCAACUUCAACUGGGUGUUGAGUGCAUUCCUUUGAGCCCAACUAUAAAGUAUCUUGGCCAUAAUCACUUGCUCUGUCUCAUGGAGGAUGUAGAUUCCAAGUUUCAGUGCAAUGGAUAUGAUACCUACUGCAAACAAUAUGUCAUCUCCAAUGAUUUCAAGCAU